AAUUUUCCAUCUAUAAAUAAACAACACAGGAUGUGAUUGCAGCCAGUAAUAUUGUAAAUAUAAACAAUAAAGUUAUCUGGUUAGUUAGUUGAAUAUAAAAUGUACAAUAAGACAUUUUUAAUUGUUUUGGUUGUACUUUCUGUUGCUGUGUUGAUGACAAUUGCUGAAGAUGCUGUUUCAACCGAAGACAAUCCUGUAGAAGAGAUACCGAAGAAGACGACAAAAAGAGGCAUUUAUGGUGGUUAUGGUUUAAGAGGAUUGGGCUAUGGAUACUACGGCGGAGGUUAUGGAUAUUAUGGUGGAUUGGGAGGCUAUGGCUAUUAUGGUGGAUAUUAUCCCUAUUACGGAUAUUACGGCUAUCCCAGAUAUUAUCCAUACUAUGGAUUUGGAUACGGAGGUUAUGGCGGAUACUUUUUUUAAAUUAAAUUUAAUUGAGCUAAUGAAUUUGGCUCAAGUUUUUCAUUAAAUAAGCAUAGCAAAUUCCUCCAAAUUUUGAGAAGAAACAAAUGUAGUUUUGUUAUUUGCUUAGUACAAGUCAUUUUUGUUAGAUUUAUUAUAUAUGUACGUAAAUUAGUGUGUUAUACUAUAUCACGUAUAUCACAUAUUGUUAUUAGGAAGUUUGAUUACUGAUUGUUGUUCCAAUUUCUUCCAUCUAAUUUGUCAAGAGUUUAGCUUCAGUAUUCACUUGAUCACUAUUUUUGCUUGUUGAUUCCCCUUAUUUAUUUCUACCACCUCAAGGGCACCCUUCAGUUCAAAUUAAAGCAUUCCUGGUUGAAUUUUCAUUCGACCACAUCAAAAGUUAUAAAGAUUAUUCUCAUGUGCACAAUAUUGAUUGAUUAAUUUCUAUGUUUUUUGUAGCAGUCGCUCAGAAGAAAAACGUUUAUAGCUGUUUCAAAACAAUCGGAUUUUAAAAAAUGUCUGACAUUACGUGUCUUUGAUUAGAUAAUUCUCCUUAUUUCCUUAUAUCGUUUGUAUUAUAUUCACACAGUUCUCUGUAUUAAAAAAAUUUGGAAAAGUAUUCGGGAUCAUCGGAAUAGUAAUAAAAGGAAAAGGAAAUUCUACAAUGUGACGAUUUUAAAUGGAAGCACGUCGAGUGCUUUUGUGCGCCCAUUAACAAUAAACUGAAUUAAAAAUUUUACUCACUGUUAGUUUUCCCACUAUUUUUUUAUUGUCAUACUUCAUAAUAUAAAAUAAUCAGCGUCUCAGAUUGACUUGUUAUCUUCUUUCGCUAAGAAGUAAUCUCUCGAAUCAGUUUCUCUUACUAGUUUGCCAUAAUUUGUGUCUAAUAUACAGAUAUUCUCUCCAGUUGGUAAUUUGCAUAAAUUGUUGUAUUGUUUGCCGGGAUAACUUCAUUAGAGGGCUCAAUCUUUUAACUACAACUGUAGUUAAAAGUAACUCUGGUUUCCAACGCUCGCCAUCCUAGUUCUCUUUUAAAUUCCCUAAGAACAAUUUUCUUAAGAAAAACCUCACAGGUAACAGACAUUUAUUAUUUACUAAAUAGAGUUUUUCAACUUGGUUCUCUACUAACAGAAUUUUAGUUCAACAUUUGCCGUAUUAUUCUAAUGAGUUCAAAACAGAAGUUAUAGAGGAAAGGAGGAAAUAAGAAGUUUUUGUAUCUCUGGCAUUACCUCGACAAUAAAAUAAUAAUUAUUGUUUCAAGAGCGUCUGUAGUAUAUUAAAUUACUGUAGCUCUAUUUCGUAUUCUUCUUUGUAAAUCUCCAUAUUCUUUUUAUUUUUCGAGGGAUAUUGGUUAUUUUUCGUCUGAUUAUAGUGAUAGUUCCUGUAUUCGCUCACAUUUAUUCCCAUAUUAAUCUUGUUCGAGCUAUUGAAAGGUGUAUUUGCUUACUUUUCAUUCGAUUUCAUAUUUUCUCGUAAUGUCAACCUCAUCAUCUUCUUAGUUAUUUCUCCUCAUUUGCUAUAUUACCUUUUAUCAUUUUUUGUUUUGAUUUAUCUCAUUUUUUGUUUCGUAUAUUUUUUUUAGUGCCUUUUUCACAUAAUCACAAUUUUUACUAAAUUUACCUUAACCUUUAAAUAUGUUCCCAUUGACUACAAAAACUUCAUUAUCUAGGUAAAUAUUUUUCCAAUUUUGUAUCAUCCAAUUUCCAUUUUGGUUCAUGUGAACUGUGUGCAAUAAUUAUAUUUCUAUUUAAUUUGAUAUGUUUUGAGAUGUGUCAAUUAUGAUUCGGGAAUUUUUUGAAACAAGAAGUUAUUAUUCCACAAGAUAGUAUUAUAUAUCUUAACAAUAAUUUCCAAUCAAUUCCACACAACAUUUCUCCCUGGAUUCAAAUUCAACAAAGGUUACAGUUUAUUUGUACUCAUCUAGGUCAACAUGAUGAGAUUUCUCUUCAUUCUGAGAUUGAUUGAUAAAUACUGCAUAAACAAUACGGCAAUGAGCUUUACCUCCAAUCGUGACUUGAAAACUUUUUGUUGGUCUUUCCUAAUCCUUCCAAUUCAUUUAUAGCCCUAGCUGACUUUGUUUACGGGUCUCGGUGUCAUCAUACCUCACACUAGGAUCUUCUUCUACUGCAUCACGCCUUUCCUUGGAUCGAUAUACCUGUGACAAACAAUUGUCUCCAUCACUUAUUUUCACGUUACUCAAACCUUUUCUUCAUAAAAAUAAAUACAAUACACAAUAUUGUUGCCAAUUGUAAUGACCAAUGUUUCCGAACUUAAUUGACGCACCUCGUCUAUGAAAUGUAAAAUUUUUUGUAUAUUUGUGAAAUAAAUCAUUAGCAAAUA